CUCAUACAUCCGCCUUGCGCUUCACGUUGUAAACAAAGCAACGCGUCUGUCAGUUGCCACAGUUUGCGCUCUUUGAAAAGAGAAAGAAUAAGUUUUUAUUUUUUUAUUUUUGGCUUUUGGUCAAUUUGUGGGGAGUGUUCGUCUCCGGACAAUCAGAAGUGAAAUCUACAGGCUCUGCAGCUCUUUGAAAUGGAUGACAUCCAGGUUGUUGAGUCCAAACCCUUGCUGGUUGACAGGGAACUGCCGGGCCUGAGAGAGGCUGUACAGCAGCUCGUCAUAAAGGAGCACGAUGUGGAGACUCCUCAUGGAAGAAUCCACUGUACAAUGAAGGGGGUUCCCAAGGGGGACAGACCAGUCAUCCUCACCUUCCAUGACAUCGGACUGAACCACAAAACCUGCUGGAACACGCUCUUCAACCAUGAGGACAUGUCAGAGAUCAUGCAGCACUUUGCUGUGUGCCACGUCGAUGCCCCCGGGCAGCAUGAGGGAGCUAACACCUUUUCCACUGGAUAUGAGUACCCUUCUAUUGACCAACUCUCUGAGACUCUCCCACUGGUAUUGAAGCACUUUGGGCUGAAGAGUGUCAUUGGAAUGGGCAUUGGAGCUGGGGCCUACAUUCUGACCAGAUUCGCUCUGGACUACCCGAACAUGGUAGAGGGCCUGUUGCUCAUCAACAUCAACCCGUGUGCUGAGGGGUGGAUGGACUGGGCUGCACACAAGAUCAGCGGCUGGACCCACGCUAUGCCUGACAUGAUCAUCACCCACCUCUUUGGAAAGGAGGAGAUCCACCACAACCAGGACCUGAUCGCAACAUACCGUCACCACAUCAUAAACGACAUGAACCAGUUUAACCUGCAUCUCUUUGUCAAGUCCUACGAAAGUCGGAGGGAUCUGGAAGUUGAGAGGCCGGUCCCUGGAAGCAAUGUCAGAACCCUCAAGUGCCCCUCUCUGCUGGUGGUUGGCGACAGCUCUCCAGCUGUGGAGGCUGUGGUCGAAUGCAACACCAAGCUGGACCCAACAAAGACUACCCUGCUUAAGAUGGCUGACUGCGGUGGCAUGCCCCAGGUUGACCAGCCUGGAAAACUGACAGAAGCGUUCAAGUACUUCAUUCAGGGCAUGGGAUACAUGCCAUCUGCCAGCAUGACCCGUCUGGUCCGCUCCCGCACCGCCUCCGGCUCCAGCGUCACCUCCUUUGACGGCAACCGCUCCCGCUCCCACACCAGCGAGGGAAACCGCUCCCGCUCGCACACCAAUGAGGGCAGCCGCAGCCGCAGCCACACGACCGAGAACCAGCGCGGCCGCUCCCACACAGAGGGCUCCAUGGAUGGCACGACCAACAGCAACGUGGACCAAGCCGUGCCCAAGUCCACCGAAGUGUCCUGUUAAGUGAACCACCACUCAAUGGACACCCAAGGUCCCUUCGGUUCGUGCUGCGCUGCCCCUAACUGACACACAGACACACACAUUCCUACGCACACACACACACACACACACAUCGAUGUAGAGUGGGACACUAAGAUAGCAUACCAGGAUUUGCAAAAACGCACAAUGGACACUCACCUGCAGAGUAUUCAGUGCAGCUGAGGUGCCCCAAUUUGAAAAUAUGUUGUCUUCUGAGUAGGAGGUCAAGGGUCAACUGUUUGCCUGUUUCGUCAUUGUGAGGGACUCAGGUCAGCUCCUUGGUGAGGCGAGUGUGUAGUUUGGGGCAACGCAGCAUCUGGGAACACCGAAGCAGAGAAUGUCAGAGAAAGCUGUGGCUACCAGUACACCAGCUUGUACAUGUAUCGCUCAUAAUCUCUCAUACGUAUAAAAAAUUGUUUUAAUUUACAUUUCUGCAUUCCUUCAUCCUGUUUUUAUCCAUUUUUACCAUAUUGACACAGCUUUCUCAAAUAUACCUGACUGUAAAUGACUAUUUUCUGUUCUCACUUUAAUUGUCUUGAUCAUUUAUUCUUUUAUUUUCCAUGUCUGAAGUGUUGUCGUUUGUACGUAGGAGCAGAUUUGUAGAUGUGGAGAGACAAUGGGGAGGCACUUGGAUAAAUAAAAAAAAAUGGUUUGUUUCACCAAUUUCAAAUGUAACUUUGAAAAUUAAGGGACAGACUUCAAGUAUAUCAUGUAUAUACAACAUUAUAUCAUUUCAUCUUGCCAGUGUUCAUUAUCCUUAAGGUUUUUUUUGUUUGUUUUUUUUUUCAAAACAUCAUCUGUUGUUUUAACAAUUUUCUAGAAGUCACACAUCUCAUGAAUCUUUUCAAAAAUCAAAUGAUCAUUUUCAGUACAUUCCAAUGGGACCGUAAGCUUUGCUAUUGAUCAAAACACACUCUGAAACACAAAUUCAAAAGCUUUUACAUCUUAUGCUUUAUUAAUGGAUCAUGGCCUCAGACAAAAAAAAAUGUUUUUUUUCCUCUUUUUUUAAAAUGAUGAUUUCUAUGCAAUCAAGCACAAUGGAACAAAGAUGUGCCAUGGAAUUGUUCACUUUCUAGAUGUGAUGCUCCUAUGUGGUUGUGGAUUUUUGGGUGAGUGACGUCAUAGGUCCACAUGUUAAUAUGAGGAUAGCCAUAGAACUUACCUGACACCUUCUACUCCCGUAUUUUACUUGCACUACAGCAACAUUUGCUUUGUAGAACACAUACACAGCUUUGUAAAGAUGCGAUGCACAACCGUCUAAUGCUGUAGAAAAGCAUUAAAAUGACAUAACAGUUUGUAUUUAUUAAAAAAAUGACAAUAAAAACCUUGUAACAGA